AUGUCUCCUGACUCUGAUAGAGGAGAUCUCACCGGUGCGAGCAUCGCUCAACUCAGGGAUCUCUGCUUUGACCUCGAUCUGGUCGUUCAUGGAACGAGCGCCUCGGGCGCAGCUGUCAAGGCUGAUUAUGAGGCCGCGCUUCGACUACACAAUGCAGGUCACAAUCCUGCAGCCUAUCCUGAUAUAUCUCGCACUAUCAGCAAGGCUUUGAAAAUGACCCAACCAAGGCUGAGGCGCCAUGCAUCAAAAGUGUACCAGAUUCGAGCGCCCAGGUCAUCCAAGAAAGCUGACUACAUCACUUGGAUCAUCGAACGUAUUUUCGAGUCCUCUCAGCAAAGCGAGGAUUCUGCACGACACGACACCUCUGACCGGGACGAUGCCUCUGAACAAGACGACAUCACUGAGAAAGAUGAUAGCUCCUCAGGUGGCUAUCAUCCAGGAGCAAGAGGCGGCCUGAGUGUGGAGGCCCUUCAUAUCUCGCCCUCCUCUCGCGUCUCGAGAGGGACUGGUGCGAGCGAUAGUACUGGCGUUCUGCAGUCCGCUACGCCCCAGCGUCCCAGUAACGGGUCGGGCCAUGUCUACGAUGCAAAGGGCUCAAAGAGACGACCACCGGCUACUCCACCCUCACCCGGAGACCAGAAGCUGAUCGCAGACUACGUGCAGCUUGACCAGCACACAAACACCAACUAUGAGCGGCUAUCUGAAGCAGCGAAUGAUGGAGAUACUACGGGUAACCAGGCCUUACUGCAGGGAGGUGCUUCGCCCCAGCCUCGCCUGUCCACCACGCCUCCAAGCGGCGAGAACACUCCGCAGGUCGCGAGCCGGGAUUCUCCGGGCAGUUCACCAACCGUUCAGCACUCCGCCGGCGACGUCGAGGCAGCGAUCGCGGAUGCCUCCAGCGAUCAGCCUGCUACACAGGCCAUCAACGCUACACACACGCAUAGUAGAACUAUGCUGCAGCUUCUUGCAGACCCGCACUUAUCUGCAAGGUCUGAUGCCAAGCUCCUAUCUGAUGUGCUCGAUAUCGUGGAGGGCGCCAGCAAGCGGUGGCCAGACAAGUUCAUACCCUUUUAG